AUGCGCUUCCAGCGCAACACUAAGAAGAUCAACAUGGGUCUAGCGACAGGAAAAGAGAAGCGUGGUCGAGCAAAGCGAAAACCUCAAAUAUCUGUUCGUAAGAUAUCCCAAGCCGGCUCCAAAAGCGAGCCCAGCAUCCGAGUUGGCGCCUCACAAGACUUACCAAUCACGCUCGAUAGCGAUGAUGAUGCGCCAGCAAGAACUCCUUUGCGUUUGGCCCGUCAUCAUCCUGCCAUUUCGCUCGUCGAUCCGACUUUAGGAGGCUUUCAUCAUGAUUUUCAAAGAUCCCAAAGGAACCAAGAUACGUUGAAUGGAAGCGUCAACGCGCCACUCCAGAACACCCAUGCGCCCACAAACUGCGUUCCGAGCCGCUCCUCACCCGCGUCUACCAGCAGCACGAAGCAUCAGGAAAGAAUUAUUUUGCAAGGCACGACAAAGACACAAAGUCCUGUUAGCACCUUCGCGUACCGAGGCGCGUCUUCGGAUGCUAUCCAAAGCCCUCUUAGUCGUGGAGAAGCAGCAGCAACUCACAAGCCUGUCAUAUGUCGCAAACGACAUCGGUUUCACAGUGCUACUACAGCAAAUGACGGAAACAUGAGAACACAAGGGCCGCGCACUGAUUCUCGAUGUUCGAACGCUAGUUCAAGAGUCCAAUCGACCAUGAUGGCUGAUGCCAGGACCUCGCGACUCCCCACUCAUAAAAGGUCCGACACGUCUACUCCCUGGGGGACCCAGUCGAGAGCCAAGCCUCUUAUGGAAUGCAAGCAUGGGGAUAAGAACAUGAGUCUCCUGGAUAUUGAUGACUUCAUUAUGAGGAGCAAAGUCGCUCAACUGAUGGUUGUAGCACCGGCGCUUGCUGUCAUAGAUCUCUAUCACCUCAUUAUCGAUAGUGAAGGCGACUUACCUCGAGCCAGGAAACAAGCUAUUAGGAUGAGCGAGGCACCAACAAUACGGUAUCGACAUGGGUUGGAUGAGGAAGGUGAUGGAAUCAUGGUCAAGAUAGAUCCGAAUGAUCCAGCAUUCGAAUGGGAUGACGACGAGCCAUACUCCGAAUUCGACACUGCUACAGCAGCUCGCCUAUCCAAACCAACUCUGAAAGCUACAAGGUCCAGAAUUGUAAAGGGCUCUACUCGAGCAACUGAAAGUACAAAGUCAAACACGAAGAAUCGCUCCAACGUAGGCGCCAAACGAGCAAGAUCAACAUUCACGAAUCCUACGCAUGCAAGAGAAACCAGCAGUGACCGCGACUUUAUCGUUCUGGACAACGUCAUUCACUACGAUCUCGACUCCGAUGUCUAA